AUGCGAUCAGUUUCAUUUCGAUCACCAAUUAAUUUUUAUAAUGAUCAAAUACGAUAUUAUUUAUUGCUUAUUUUUCAUUUAAUUGAUUUUCUUACAUUUUUUAUACGUCUUACCAUUCUAUGUGCUUACGAUUUAGUUAAAAUAUCAAAAUUAGAUACAUCUCAUCCAUAUCGCAAAGGUUUAUCAUAUUUAAUUUUAAUUAUAAUUUUUGAAUCAUUUGGUUCUUUAAUCAUUAUAUUUUCAAAUUUUUUAUAUCUUAUAACAAAAUAUUGUAUACAUGCAGUGUAUGUCGGUGGUGAUACGUCGACAUAUAUAUGUUGUAGACAAAAUACAGUAUGGCAUUUAUCAACAAUAACUUGUUUUAAGUUUAAAUGCUAUUCUGAACAUCCUCAAGGCAUAUUAUUAACUCGACUUGUUAUUCUUGUUAUUUGUUUUUUCUUUCGUUUUCUAUCCUUUAUGUUGGGUGCAUCAUGUGCAAAUCGUUAUUCCCCACUUGCUGUUGCUUAUACAUCAAUUAGUAGUAUCUCAUUAGUACUAUCAACUCUAUUACUUACACUAGAGUUUAUACAUUUUUUUCGUUUAUGGACUUAUCGUCCAAAUAAUGAUUAUAUUCGACGUUUACAUCGUUCACAUGCACGUUUUAUUCCAUAUGAAGUAACAAAUGAUCCACAAAGUGGAAAAUGGACUCUUUCAUUAUGUCCACAACAAGAUAAUUGUAAAUCUGAAAGUCUACAUCAUUUAGUUUUUUAUCAUUCAACAAAUUUAUUAUCACAACAACAACAACUACCAGAAUCUAUCAAGGGCACGAUUAAACAACAAAAAUAUAUAAUUGCUUAUUAUCAAACAACAAGUAAUAUAGCCUAUCAGAUAGCUUACGAUGGUUUUCCUAAACGUCCAAAAUAUUCUUUAGAAUUAAAUUCAGAUAUAUUUUUUACAUUAAAUCUUAUAUAUUCUCCUCAAAAAGAUGCUAUAUUUUAUGUUCGACUGAAUAUUGAUACUGAUUGUUUUACAAUUAUCGAUGAUGAUAACGUAGAUAAUGAAAAAUUAAUGGCAGAAGAUAUAUUUAAAAAAGAUUCAACACGUACGAUACAGGGAAUUUUUUUUCAAACAAAACAAAAAAUUUAUGUAAGAUAUUUAAGAUCAAUUGAA